UCACAGAUGAUUUUCGCCAAAGCGCGUCAGCGCCAGAGUGGUGAGGGCGGAGAGCGUGGAGAGUUAGGUUAAAGCAAGUAAUGACGGUAACCAAUAGCAAGUUCGAAUGCAAUGGAGGCUGGUCCAGAUAGUUCCAUGUGCUCCAUACCUAGCUCGUAGAACAACUUCAAGUGAACGAUAUUGCCAUAUUUGUAUGUAUUCUGUAAAAUAUCGAUUCACCGAACAAGCAUUUCAUCGGUCAGCUAUCUUCAGCUCCACGUCACACCCUUCUGGCUCCUCACGCACGUCACGCACCUCACACAUAGUCUAACGUACAGAUUCAUGACCUAUAUUUCGCUCCGUAAUAGCUUGUCAUAACCCCAAAAUUGAGUGGUUUUUUGAGGUUUAGUUCGUAGUGCGGUGUUGUACUAAAUGUUUGUACAUGCACGGUAGAUAAGAAUAACCUACGGCAGUGUAUAUGCAGUCCCUUGUACCUCUGAGACAAAUCGUUGGCACAGUUUCAUCGAAAAUUCUACUGAAAGAAAAUAUCAUCCAUCUGAUACCCAGCAUUGAUUAUUUUCAGGUUUGUGUGGGGAACAGUACGCCUACACACAAAACUGAGGAAAAUCUUAAAUGGAGAAAAUUUAACACUUAAUUAUUGACUCUAUACCACUGAAACUGAACAUAAAGUGUUGGAGAAACUGUGAGCCAAGAAAAAUUAAAUUGGGGUUCCACUGUAUUAGUUUCUGAUCAUAAGAAUAAGUAUGAAUAUGAAAUCGACAAUUCAUUUUGAGAGAGACACAAAACUUAAGAUAGCAGAUAUUUCCUGUGGCAGCACCAGUACUGAAUCUACACAUCAAAAAUGGAAGCAGACUCCAUCCAUCAUUGGAGAUGAAUUGAUUGUACCUGAUAAAGUUUUGAAAACUGCACCUGAUUGUCAGAGUGUUGAGUGUUCAAGUACAGAAAUUUACAUCCACAAAAGAUCAAAACUCUCCACCUCAUUAGUUACAAAUACAUGUUUGAAUAACAGCAAUAAAAGAAAUUUCAUUAAGAAAACUGUUAAUGCUUCAUCAGUUACAAGGCGUAAUUACCGUGAGUCAAAAACUGGAGGAACAUACUGCAUUGCUCGGUGGUGUGGUAACAAUGCAAAGAAAACCCCUGGUAUUUCCUUAUUCAGAAUACCAAAAGAUCCAGACAGGGCACUCUUAUGGCUCACUAAUGCAGAGCGAGAAGAUCUGAAAAUCUUAAGUAUGGAGAUUCUACAUACAAAAUAUUUAUGUAUGGAACAUUUUAAUGAUGACAUGUUCAUGAACAGCUGUAAGAAGAAACUGGUAUGGAAUGCCUUGCCAACACUUUUUCCAAAACCUGAUUAUGCACACAGAAAAGAAUCUAAAAUUAAUUCACAUCAACAACAGAAGACAAAUAUUCCAGAAACUAAAUAUAUAAUACUUUCAAAGGUUCAUCAUCCUACAAGAAGACGACCACUCAGACCCAAACCAUUAACUGCUGAACUCAGUGCAGAGGCAGGAUUGAAGAGUCACCCAGGUGUUUGUAAUUCUGAAGAAGUACAGAAUGUGUCAGAGUCAGCAGUAAGUUCUUUAGCAAACAGUUCACAGUGCAUAAAAAGUGAGGAAUCAAGAUUGACUGAAAUAAGAAAAAGUACUUUGAAGAUGAAGAUGAAUGAUACAAAUGCAGUACCUAAGUGUCAGAUCACUUCACAGUUCUUACUGCAAGGAACCAGAAUGUUAGCCAUGCCAAAUACAAGUAGACAUACUGCUAAAUGUCAGGAACCAACAGGGCAUACAAGGACUGGAAACAUCAUUGUAUGUAGUAACUUAAAUGAAAUUGUAGAUUUAAAACAAGACAAAAUACAAACUGUAACAAGUACCUGUGAAUAUUUAGCUCUUGGAAGUACAGAUUCUGUUGAUCACAGAGAUAAUCAUAGUGAUACAUCAAGAGAGGGAGGUGACAGGAAAAAUGACAAUGAUACUUUAAUGAGUGAUGAAUCAUAUUUAAAUUGUGAUGUUGAAAGUUUAUGUUUGGACCAUGCAUUUCGAGAAACCAACGAAAGGAUAUACCCAUGCCGGUACUGUGGUGAGAUGUUCCUGGUAAAAAGUAAUCUCAUCUUACAUCAGACAACAUACCAUUCAGAUCAUCCUGUUGGGUGUGAACUAUGUGGGAAAGUGCUUUAUAAAUCUCGAAGUGAGUUCAUGGAGCAUGUCUGUGAUCAUCAUAGUGACAACACACACAAUUAUGUACCAUAGCAUGAUGUUAACAUAACAUGUCAUGUAAGCAAUGAAUAAUUAUUUAUGGUUUAUUUAAUGAAUAAUGUAUUAGAAAGAAUGUUGAAGGAAGCAAUGAUGACCUAAUUUGAGAUACCAUCGUGGCAGCUGCCCACCAGGGCUAAAAAAACCAAUAAGCCUCAGAAUAACUGGUCUCUGAGCCAAGGUUUUAACUUAUCUCACACAUAGAAAGCAGAAAUUCUACUCACUUAUUCAUGAUGUUAUCAUGUACUCAGAACUAAGAUUAUUAUGUAAGAAAAUACCAUUGUUUCAUAAUACUGAAUUAAAGGAUCCUUUAAAGAUCUGACA